UAUGUUCACUACUUUCAUACGUAAACUCACGUUGUUAACCAUUUUAUAUGAAACAAACUUUCUCCAAUCUGUCUCUAUAGUCUCUGUAAAAUUAAUAACCAAAACUCUAAGAUGGUUGCGCAAGACAGAAAAGAGUGUACGAGUACUCCAACUCCAAGGCUGUUCAUAUUCACGUACGGGACGCUGAAACGAGGUUUCUCCAACCACACACUAAUGCAGGACCUCAUGCGAACCGGAGACGCCACCUUCGUCUCCACCUGUCGAACCGCAGAGAACUACCCGCUCGUUUGCGGGCCGUACCGGGUCCCGUUCCUGCUCAACAUGGCCGGGUCGGGUCAGGCUGUGACGGGCGAGCUGUAUGCCGUGUCGGUUUCGGGUUUGGCGAGGUUGGACGAGUUGGAGGGUAUUUCCCGCGGUCACUAUGAGAGGCUGUCUAUAACGGUGGAGCUAGACAACGGUGACGGAGAUGAUGGAUCGUACGGCGGCGAGGGGGUGACGUGCGCCGAGGCGUACUAUGCGCACAGGAGCUACGCGGCGGAGAUGUGGAAGAGAAAUGGGAUGAAGGGGUUGACUGUGUAUUCCGAGAAAGAAGCGAAAGGGUAUGUGAAGCGGAAAGAUAGGCCUCACAACCUUACUUUCUUAGAUCACAUUCAACUCUUUCUUCAUUCCCAAGAUUGAUAUGAUAUCAUGAAUAAAAAAAUUGAGAGAUUUUUGUAUGUUUGUUUUAGUUGUAGUUGGAUUAAAGUCGAGAAAAUUAUGCUG